AUGGAGCAUUCCAAGCCUGGCCACCGUGAUGAGGAUCUGCCACGCCUUUCUACCACUUCUCAAGUCCCGGACAAAACUGUGACGGAUUCUGGCAGGGCGCAACAUGUCACUUGGGGCAGCUAUCAACGGUUCGACGCCUGGGGGCGCCUUGUCACCGAUUACACAAGACGAGAGUUGACUUACGAGUCGGACAAGCUGCUGGCGAUCGAGGGUUUAAAAAAUCUAGUGAACGUGGCCACUCGGGAUCAGGAGCUCGCAGGCUUGUGGCGCUCACACAUGCCAAGAGCCCUGCUCUGGAGGCGCCCGUUCAAAACACGUUUCUUUGAUUCUAAACGAAACGGAUGUCUCUGUCCGUCCUGGUCAUGGGCUUCGGUGGCCGGCCCUAUCGCUUUUUCUGACUCGUCGGAGAACACAGGCUUUGAAGACGAAUGCGUACAGAUUGUUGCACGCAUUGUCAAAUACCCUGGCCAAACCACCCGUACUCCCAAAGGCAUUGAUACCACCAAUACUGCUUUGCGGAUCCAGGCACCUCUGCUGGAAAUUGGCGCUUCUGACGAGGGGAUAAGACAUUUCUUACCGGUGGAUGGGUCCGAAAGAAUGGAUUCACGACCCACCCAAGGUAAGGUGUAUUUUACCCAUGACUAUAGUGAUGCGCUUGACCGCAUCGACAGUGGCGACAGCACAGCGCACAAAGCUAAGCCGGAGCGCUUACGAGCUGCCAUCAUCCAGACUCGCCCGUCAAAACUGGGAACAAGCUUCGGCAUCGAGGGAUUGGUGCUUAUUCGAGCCGAAGGAUUUUCCGAGAACGACCACCUGCCACUGUAUGAACGAAUCGGCUACUUCAUGGGAAGAGAAUGGGCGACUUCCCCUGAAUCCUGGGAGAGUGUAGAAGGAAGUGCAUGGCCCAGGUGGCUCCCGAAAUUUUGGAAGAUCUUUGACUUGCCGCAGGGUGUCGGUGAGGGAGAGCAUGGAGAAGACAGUGGAAGUUCCUUUUCUGACGCUGGGUUUGACUUUGGUGGAGCCACUUAUCUGACGACCUUCGAGCUCGUCUAG